GAGCAAAAAAACCCCACUGAGCUGAAGAUUUCCAGGCAGCAACUCACCUCCAGGCGAAGGGCUCCUGGCUCUGGAAACACCUCUAGCUCAUCUUCUCCACCAUGAGCCCCAAGCUGAACACCACCUCCUUCGGCACCAGUGCCCGCCGGUUUUGUGUCCUACAGGUGUUGCUGCUGUUGUCACUGCUCCUGACCAUGCUGGUUCCCUCCACCAGUGGACAAAUGGUAGAUUCAGAGAUGUAUGCUGAACUGCGCUGCACAUGUUUGAAGACAAUGUCUCGAAUUCAUCCCAGUAGCAUCAGCAAAUUGGAGGUCAUCAGGGAAGGAGUCCAUUGCUCCAAAAUGGAGUUGAUAGCCACAAUGAAGGAUGGAAAGAAAAUCUGCCUGAACACAGAAGCUCCAAGAAUCAAGAAAAUGCUCCAGAAAAUGUUAAAGCAUGACGGAUCUGUUGUUUAACCUGUUCACUUUCUGCCAGACUUUCUUACCUCCCAGGAAUGUCUCAAAAAUCCCAUUAUGUCCUGCAAAGGCUGGCUAAACUACGGCAGAAAGAGCAUGAAAAUAAACACAACUGUAUGGCAUGACUUACUCUGAUUCUUGGCUAAACAUUGUACUGUGCUUUGCAUUUCUUUAUUUGAAGAUUUCUUUCCUAACACAUUUGUGUUAAUUGUUUCCACUGCUUUACUGUUAGAGUAGACAUGCCCAUGAAGACUAAUUAAAUUUAUGGUGAGCAAUGAUAUUAGGAAUUGCAGAGUGCCCAGCAUGGAUACUUGCAUGAUAAAUGUUUAUCAACAUGUUUAGUGUUUUAAUAGAGUUUUCAUUAUCUCAGUCUUAAGAUGUCUUGUUUCCCAGAAUUUUAUGAAAUGUAUUUCUAAUGUUUACUUUCACAUUUAAACGCUAAAAAUAAUAAAGUCUUUUGAUGUUGA